UCAGCUUCUAAUUAACUUCCAAAUACCGAGUAAAUACACUCCAUCAUCAACCACAAUCACCGGCAACGCCAUUCCUUUUAAGCUCAGUCCUUUUACGGCAGCCACAAACGCCUACUCCAUUUCCACUGCCAGUCCACCAUUUUCCAUAUAACACGACCGAAUUGUAAUACAAAACCAACAAUCAGAUUAUCCGACCACCGGCAAUUCUCGCUGCUAGAUCUGCACAUCCUCAUAUUAUUCAAUCCCCACUCAAAGCCUCACCCAGAUCCAGAAAAACUCCUUAAAUCUUCUUUCUUCUACUUUCACCGUCGAAACUGACCGGAGGAGAGACAUGGAUUCUGAGCAACGGCGGAAAAGAAAGAGAAACUACAGACCAUACUCGCGAGCACAGUACUUGUCAGUAAGGUCUCUAGUCUUGUGCUUGUCCUUCUUCGUGUUUCUCUUAUUCUUGUCGUCGUCGGAUCGGUUUUCAAUUCCAAUUCGAACGGUGUCGUUCAAGCCGGUUAUUAGAGUGCCGGCUUUAUCCGUUUUGUCCUUAUCUUCGCUUGAAGAUUCUUUGCGUGAGGGAUUGUCACCUUUGAGAAUACAAGAUCGGGUACAGUUCCCUGAUCAUUUGUUAUUGGUUGUAUCGGGUAAAAUUAACCAAAAUGAAAAGGUGGAUUGCCUUUAUUACAGAAUUCUAACUACUGGAGAUAAGAGAAAAGAUGUUGUAAUCAAACCACUAAUUUCAGUCGAUAGUUACGAUGGAGUUAGGUCCUUAGCUAGAUGCCCUGUUGCGCCCAUGAAUUACUCGGCUGCUGUUGAACUGCGGAGGCAUGGCGAUUUUAGAGAUUAUAUGUUGCCUUCGCGGCAUAACCUCAGUGUUCAUUCAUGGGAGAAGCUGGUUUAUGCUGCGGUGUUGGAUGGGGACACUGCGGUUGUGUUUGUCAAAGGUUUGAAUCUUCGGCCGCAUAAAGAAUCUAAUCCCUCCUAUUUCCGGUGUCAGUUUGGUUUAGGGAAUUGGGAGAAAGAUGAAGGAUUUACCUUCAUGACUCCAGCUGUUAGUGCUGCACAAGAAGUUGUUAGGUGUCAAUUGCCAAGGAGUAUAAGCAAAAACCCAGACAAGGCUCAGGGGAUUCGAGUAACGGUAGUUCAUAGCAACGUCCCUGAAAGAGCUCCAUUCGAUCAUGAGCCAAUGCCUUCUGUUUCUAAAUCUUACAAUUCCAGGUCUUAUUGGCAGAGGAGAACACAGAGAAGAUACAGAGAGCAGGUACCUAUGCCUACUGUGGCUAGAAUUUACAAUUCCAAGUCAUUUGAGAAGAAGAGGAAUAAUGGGAAGUACGAGCUCUGUGUGUGUACAAUGUUGUGGAACCAGGCAUCUUCUCUUAAAGAAUGGAUAAUAUAUCAUGCUUGGCUUGGGGUUGAACGCUGGUUCAUCUAUGAUAACAAUAGCGAUGAUGGGAUUCAGGAAGUUGUUGAAGAACUUGAAAUGCAAAACUAUAAUGUUAGCAGGCAUAGCUGGCCCUGGAUUAAAACUCAAGAAGCUGGAUUUUCACAUUGUGCUUUGAGGGCAAGAAAUGAGUGCAAGUGGGUAGGAUUCUUUGAUGUUGAUGAGUUCUUCUACUUCCCUCAUGACCACUGGCCUGGUUUGCUUGGCCAAAAUUCGCUGAGGACUCUGGUUGCAAAUUUCUCAUCUUCAAGGACAAUUGCAGAGAUUAGAACAGCUUGUCACAGCUUUGGCCCAUCUGGGUUGAGCUCACCACCCUCAAAAGGAGUAACUGUUGGCUACACUUGCCGGCUUCAGAGUCCUGAAAGGCACAAGUCAAUUGUGCGCCCGGAUUUGCUAAACGAUACCCUUCUCAAUGUGGUGCACCACUUUCAGCUGAGGGAGGGAUUUGAGUACCUAAACGUGCCUGAAAGCAUAAGUAUUAUAAACCACUACAAGUAUCAGGUCUGGGAGGCAUUUAGAGCAAAGUUUUAUAGAAGAGUUGCUACUUAUGUUGUUGACUGGCAAGAACACCAAAACCAAGGAUCAAAAGACAGAGCGCCUGGAUUGGGAACUGAAGCCAUUGAACCACCCAAUUGGCGGCUACAGUUCUGUGAGGUCUGGGACACCGGUCUCAGGGACUUUAUUUUGUCUAAUUUUGGUGACCUGGCAACAGGAUACCUACCUUGGGAGAGGGCUAAGCAGUAGAUCAUUCAAGUGUGCUUGCUACUUGGUCAAUGUAACAGUCUACAGGGUAACCAUACAAGGAGCCACAUUCUUUUCAUUGUAUUAUUUUUGGCCUUUUUUGGAAUCUUAUUUUUGCUUCCAAAAGAUUUGCAAUUAAUUGAUUACAGGGUUAUUACACAGAUGUAAAUUGGUAACACCAAGAAAUGAUUCUUUCCCUUUCUGACGA